AUGUGUGACGAAGGAUUCCCUUAUGUUCGCCUUUCUACAGCGGACAUACAUGAGUUCAGUUCAGUGAAGAUCAGCUGUGAGACGCCAGCAAAUUCUCCAGUGUAUCAGUGUUAUUUCUACAUUAAAAACAAAAAGCAGGAAAUAAAAGUCAGUCCACCAUGCGAGCUGGAGUACACUGGUGCUGACGUGCUCAGAUGGACUGGUGGAAAACCACCUGCUAUAGUGGACAUUCACUGCUACUACACAGCAUAUGAGCGAGGCACAGAAAUCUCAUCAUCAGAGUCUGAUUCUGCCCAACUGACGGUUUUAGGUCUUCCUCAGGCCAGACUGUCAGUGUCUGCUUCAGUUGUUCAGGAAACAGACACAGUUGAGCUGAGCUGUGACAAUACUGAAGAGCUGAAGAUGGAGAUGUGUUUCUUCAACAAAUAUGGAAGAGAAAGUAACUCAAAAGUGAGCUCUUCAUGUCAGCUCUCACUCACUGCAUCUCAGAUCAAUGUUUGGUCUGGAGCUCAAAGUUCAUCAGUAAGAAUAACCUGCUUCUACACCGUGAAGAAUGGACAAAAUCAAAUACCAUCUCCUCAGUCUGAUCCAGUGACAGUAACAGUCCAGACAUCUACUGGUGACAUUUUCACUAAAUCUAUCUACAUAGUUAUCUACAUAGCCCGCCAGGCAAGUUGUAGAUAG